AUGUCAAGAGGACGAUCAACAUCUUUUGAUAGUCAAGAUGGAAAAACAAGGCCGAAGAUAGACGCUAUAUCACAAACAAGUAUAGAUAAUCAUGCACCAAGUAGCAGUGAAAUAAAUGUUGAGGAUCAUAAAAUUUCAUCAUCACCAAAUAAAACUGAUCUUCAUCGCAAUUUAAAAAACCGACAUAUGAUUAUGAUUGCAUUAGGUGGAACAAUUGGUACUGGAUUAUUUUUAGCUUCUGGACAAGUAUUAGCAUCAUCAGGACCUGGUGGCUCUCUGGUUUCUUAUGUCGCUGUUUCAAUUAUGAUUUAUUUUGUUAUGACAAGUUUAGGUUUGUUUAAACUUUAA